AUGUCGUUCAGACUGUGCGCGGACACCACGGGCGUUCGAGAGACUGCCGCGCGACCUGUCGCUGUCGAAACGAAUUCAGGUCGAAAUCCGAGUCCGUCCAAAGUGGCGAUUCGGCGCGGGAGACGAGACCGCGAAGGGCGUGCCCGACGUCAUGUACGCGCUCGGUUUGCGGGCGGGACGAAAGGGUUCGAGGAAGCGCUCGAGCCGUUCGGGCUGAAACCCGCGGACCCGGCGUUUUGGACGGACGCCCUGGACGCGCACCUCGGGUCGCUCAUGGACGAGGCCGAAGCGCUCGCGAAGAAGCUCGCGUACGCGAACUGA